GGCGGCGCCUCACUGGCGGGGCGGGGCGGUGCCGCCGCCGUUGCUAGGGCCGGGCCGGUGCCGGGGGCGGCUGCGGCCUGGCGGCGGGGCUGGGCUGCCCCGGGCGGCGGGGCCGGGAGCGCCGCGGAGGGCCCCGCUGCGGUUCCAGCGGUUCGUCCCGCGGAGAGCUCGCUGCUCGGCCGAGGGUUCACCGGGGAGAGCGCCGCGCCUUUGGCCUCCUGUGCUUCUCCUGCGGAAAUCCAGGUGUUCCAGCUCGUGACGUUUUGCAGACGAUGCCUCUGCAACGACAUACACCCUCCCUUCCGUCCCAGCUAGAGACUGGGCUGUCUUCAAGUGACAUGCCUUUCUGGCUUGGUUAAAGCUCUGCGAACCUACGGAGUGAGCAAGGGGAGAAAACGCCUCUCUGAGGACCUUCCCGCAUGGAGCAGCAUCCAUAGGCAGUACCCGGGAGGAGAAUGAGUACUUUAAAUGGAUUUGCUCAGCACUCCGGGGCAUGUGUUGCUCAGAGCGCAGAGGGCAGAGCAGUACAGGACCUGCAAGCUAAAAAAGCUGGCAAAGCAGUGAGGAAGGGCACUGGUGACAGUGGGGAACUUACCUUUGAAGAUCCCCUAAGUGCGGGCACCUCCUUAAAUGAAGCAUUAAAGCUUCCGCUAGAUCAAGUCAAAGCCAACAUGAGAAUCAAAUCAAUCACCCCACGGCCUCCGAGGAAGCCCCGGCUGGAGCGCGCGGCCUCUCUGGAUGAGAAAAGCUGGAGGAGAUGGAGGCGAUUAAGAACAAGUCAGGAAAGCCUGACCGAUCCCAACGAGUCGAGUUCCUCGAACGGUUCUCUGCAGGACGCAUCCCUCAGCCCUGCCGUCAGGGGUAGGGCAGCCCCCCGUGACGAGUGCUGCGAGCAGAGCUCCUCGCGCAGUUCACCGGAGGCCUUGGAAGCGAGUCCCGCGGGGAAGAGCAGGGGCAGCACUGCCGACCUGGGGAAACGAGCCUCUGAGAUCUCCAGUGCCUUCGGUGGGCUCCUGCGGGGAAAAGCGUUCUCAGGCAGCAAACCCCGGCUGGCCCAAGUAACGCCCACUCGACCUCUGCCGCCUGUGGAGUUCAAUGUGGCCUCUCACGCGCUGAGGACAACUAAUAGGAUUGACUCAGAUUGCAUGGAUUAUCGACAUUAUUCUCAGCGCAAGUUUGGGAGGGUGAGCAGCAGCUUGAGCGAUACCAGGCUCCAUGGCAGCGGGAUGGUCUACAAUAAUGGCUCCACAGACUCCAUGAAAUCUACGUUCAGCCUGCUCGCUCCCAUUCGUGCCAAGGAUGUUCGAAACAGAAGCUACUUGGAAGGCAGCCUUCUGGCAAACGGUGCCUUGCUGGGAGCAGAAGAACUUAGUCGGUAUUUCCCUGACCGGAAUAUUGGAAUUUUUGUGGCUACCUGGAACAUGCAGGGUCAGAAGGAACUUCCAGUGAAUCUGGAUGACUUCCUGUUACCAACGGAUCCUGACUAUGCCCAGGAUAUGUAUGUCAUUGGAGUCCAAGAAGGCUGUCCAGACAGAAGAGAGUGGGAGAUCCGCCUCCAAGAGACGCUAGGCCCCCACUACGUCAUGCUCUACUCUGCUGCACACGGAGUGCUCUACAUGUCAGUCUUCAUUCGAAGGGACCUGAUCUGGUUUUGCUCAGAAGUGGAAUAUGCCACAGUGACAACUCGAAUUGUGUCUCAAAUCAAAACCAAGGGAGCUCUGGGGAUCUGCUUCACGUUUUUUGGGACCUCCUUUCUCUUCAUUACCUCCCACUUCACAUCUGGGGACAGUAAAGUGAACGACAGGAAGCUGGACUACAGUAAAACCAUUCAAGCACUUGCACUCCCCAAGAAUGUUCCGGACACAAAUCCGUAUCGAUCCAGUUCUAGUGAUGUCACAACUCGGUUUGAUGAAGUAUUCUGGUUUGGUGACUUCAACUUCCGACUAAAUAAGGAUCGUGAGACCGUGGAUUCCAUCUUGAAGCAGAACCUGGAAAAGGACAUGUCCAAGCUACUGGAGUACGACCAGCUUAUUAGUGAAAUGAUUAGGGGGUCUAUUUUUAAAGGAUUCCAAGAGGCUGACAUUCAUUUCCGUCCUUCCUACAAGUUUGACAUAGGAAAGGACAGCUAUGACACCACUUCCAAACAAAGGACUCCUUCCUACACGGAUCGAGUUGUAUACCGGAGUCGGCACAAAGAUGACAUCCAUGCUGUCAAGUACUCUUCUUGUCCUGUGAUCAAAACUUCGGACCAUCGGCCUGUAUUUGCCUUGUUCCGUGUCAAAGUCAGGCCUGGCAGAGACAACAUUCCACUUGCUGCGGGGCAGUUUGACAGAGAGCUGUAUUUAAUCGGAAUAAAGAGACGGAUUACAAGGGAACUUAAGAAACGGCAAGAGCAAAAGGACCAAAAAUCCAGCAGCGUGUGUAGCAUUUCCUGAGCUGAGAACUCUGCAAUGCUCAUGUUAGAGGUGCCCUGAAAGAGGAUUUCAGGCCAUGGCAAAGUCUGCAGGGAAUUGUUGUCUGGUUAAGCAUCUCUGGCAGUUGCUGGGGCUUUGAAGAAUGUCUUAAACCUCACCCUGGAUUCAUUUACAUGAGCUAAUCCACGCAGCUCAGGUGCUUUUGCUGAAGAAAAGGGAGUCAGUUAUCUAGGACAGCCAUAUGAACAGACUCGGUUGAUUUAUUUUUAACCCUAUUAUCUUUGGAAGCAGCCCAGUGCAGUCUCUUUGUUCUAAGAUGACUCUACACAGGGCGUGCAGCCCUUGGAAUUGGCAUGACUGGGGGCAGAUGACAUAAAAUUCUGCAGAAAGGUGAAAAUGUUGGUUUGUCUGUUUGAUUUGAUCUACUUUGUGGUUUUUUUUCCUUAUCUGUAACCAAAUGUAUGGUAUUCUGUAAAAUGCUUAACAGGGACCAGUUAAGGAACUUGAGCAGUUUUGUCUGAGGACAGUGUUCCUGUGUUGGGCUUUUUGGCCCUCUAGAGCAAGACCUGUAUGAAUGUACUACUGUGCAUUCCAAGUGUACAAACAUUGCAUUUGAUUAAUUAUUUUAUAGGCCUUCUGUUACUAAGGGGGUAAAUAUUAAUUUAUCAAACCAGUAAGUUUCUUUGGUUGUUGAAACUUGUUGAAACUUGUUGAAACAAUCUCUUUCUCAAUUCAUUUGUCCUCCCCCAAGGGUGAUAAAAUGCUGCCAGGCCUCCAGCAGCAGGACACCAUAGUUGAAAACAAUGUUCUAAGUACAGCUAUUACAUAAUGCUCCACCAAAGUGAUUAAGAUAUCAAGUGAGUACUAAGGAAGUAUCCAGAGAAAUUGCAGUAAGUCAAAUCAGCUUAAUUCCAUUCCCUCUGGUUCUGUGAUUUAAAUCCCAUUUGUUUUUAUUUUCCAAAUUCAGUAAACUGCAAAUAACUUGCUGUUUUUGAAGUAGUGUCAUCUUAAAUGUAAAGAUACUACAGGGACCAGUAUGGUGCUGGUAAAAUGUAACUACAGUUAAUAGUGAAAAACUCUUUUUGGGCACAGGGCACAGAUUGGAUGGAUUAGUCAUCUUACUACACAAAAACAGAGCAAACUAUUUGGAGGAAGUGCUGCUAACUAUGCAACCUGUCCAAGACAGAGCUUCUGUUCUGCGGUACAAAUAUUUACAGCACUGGCCUGUCAGUAGCCAUCAGGUAUUUGGAUUUCCUUUCUUUUUAAAGGAAUAAAAAUAAAUUAAUACUGUACCUUAAAUGAGAA